AUGUCUAUCUAUACCUGUAAUACGUGUGAGUUGCAAUUUGAAGGCAGUCAGGCUCAAAGAGAGCAUAUGAAGUCUGAAUGGCACCGUUAUAAUUUGAAAAGAAGAGUCGCUAACCUGCCUCCGAUCUCUGAGGAAGUAUUCAACUCAAAGGUACAGGCUUUGUCGGCCCAUGAAGACGCUGAAUCUACAAAAUCUGACAAGAACAAGCAACUGACGAAGAAGGAGCUGAGAAGAAGGGAGAAGGAAGCGCUAUUAGAAGAAAAGAGGCAGUUGCUGAAGAUAGCUGAGCAGAAUGCUCUCAACAGGCUGGCUGAGCAACAGGCGAAACCACAGGAGGAACUACGGGAAGCACCAAAGGAAGAACCAAAGGAAGAACCAAAAGAACAGGACGAAGAAGAGUUAACGGAGGAACAACUUUCUGAGAAACUGAUGCAACAGAAAAUCGACAAUAGAGUGGAUAUACCGUUGACUGCAUGUUUUUUCUGCAACAAUAAGAGUUUUAAGACAGUGGAGCUAAAUCUAGAGCAUAUGUUUAAGAACCAUGGUUUUUACAUACCAGAACAAAAGUACCUGGUUGACAGGGAUGGUCUGUUGAGCUACAUAUCGGAAAAGAUUGGUUUGGGUAACGUCUGCAUCGUGUGCAAUUUCGAGGGUAGAUCGCUUGAAGCAGUAAGGGCUCAUAUGCUAGCCAAGAGACACUGUCGAAUCCCAUAUGAAGAAGAGGAUGAAAAACUCGAGAUAUCACAGUACUACAACUUCACUAGCACUUAUGAACAGCAAUCAAUGGAAGACGGCAAGGAGGAGGACUGGGAAGACGUUGAAAGUGGAGAAGAGGACGAUGCAAGCGAAGAUGAUAUUCCAGAAGACUACAUCUACCACGAUGGAGUCGAGCUCCAUUUGCCUUCGGGUAUCAAAGUGGGACACAGAUCUCUGCAGCGUUAUUACAAGCAAAACUUGAGACCAGAGGUUGAGUUGACUGAAGGUCAGGGUACCUUGGUCGCCGCAGAAACACGGUCUUUCCUAACACCGUUCGACAAGAAGAAAGUACAAGUCCAACAACGAACGUGGCAAACCGAGGUCACGGACAAGAAGAGACAUGAUAAGAGGGCCGCCAAAUUUAUCAACAACCAACCUCAUUAUAGAGACCAACUUCUACAGUAA